AUGAAUGGUGAACAACUGCAAGAUUUUCUUACGGAAUUAUCGAGAACGACCAUACGCCUGGGUGGAAGAGACGAUGUGGAGGUCGCAAAAAAGUUUCUUGCCAAGUGGGCUAACAACACAAUGCUGUUGGCUAACUAUAUCACCGUUAACUACAGAGACGUGGAUUUAGUGCAACCGUUAGUAGCGCAAAUACUGGCUCUUUACUACAAAGGAGGCAUCCUUAGACAAUAUGCGUUACAAUUCAUACCGUCUUUCAUCGGCACAUAUCUUUAUGCAUUGUCUAAGAAGCAACAGAAAAGUAUAGCUGUGUUUGAAAUCUUCUUUCUUGCCGUCUACAAUGAAGAAAUCCUAGAAGGCGGUCCUCAGUCCGACGUUCUGACGAAAAAGGUUGAAGAGAUUCGCAUUCCAUCUAUUCGAUAUCCAAGUAUAUAUCAUGACCCCAGCAAAAUCAAUGCGUUACCGGAAGUUACAAUAAUGAAGCCUGGGAACGCACCGUCGACUACCGUACGUGUUGGGCCUUACCCUACCAUUGAAGAAUUCACUUCUGAAUCGAAGUUCCUCAUAUUGACUCGCCUAAUGAAGUCGGUCAAUGGCAGCUUGGUUUACCUCUCAUCAGAUGUUGUAUCAAGACAUGUCUGUUUGGCUACACUUUCCAUUUGCGAAAGUGGUUUCACAUUCCCUGAAACGAAUUUCGCCAGUAAAGUGAUGGAGGCCGAACAUAUGUGCGAAGUGCUGGAAGAUCAUUCAAAGAAACCUCGUCAACAUGUAAAUAGUGCAUUACUUCUGGAGUUGCUCACUGGCGUAUACAUGGCAUUGUUCAACGGAGCACCUGACUUGGCACUACGUGCGAUUGAUUCGAUGCAUCAACGUGCUCAGUAUGAGAUUCUCGCGGAAGUGAUCCUGGUAGAGAUUUUCUAG